AUGGGAGACGACGAGAAGCCUCAUCCCAACGGCGACAGCAGAAGGCACAGCGAACCCAAUCUCAAGCGUCGUCGCGUUACCAAGGCCUGCGACUUUUGUCAUCGGCGAGGCCGGAAAUGCAAACCUGCUACCGUGGAGAGCGGGGUUACACCCGUCAUUGGCCCCGAUGGUCACCAUAGCUGUCUGACCUGCAUCGAACACGGAGCGGAAUGCACCUGGGAUCGAAAAGCCGCCAAGAGAGGUGUCAAGUCGAAGACGUCGCCGGCUUCUGCGAGGCAAUCUCAAUCCAGGGAUGCUUCGGACCGUUGGUUCUACGAUGAGAGCCGCCAUGGCAGUAGGGACCUUGUUCACCGUCUCAUCUGCAUUUUCUUCGACACGGUGUACCCAGUUUUCCCUUUCUAUGAUGAAAAGUCCGUCAUGAGAGAAUGGGAUGAGUCCAAGAUGUCGUCCGACCGCGCUGCAUUCGCCCGUCUGAUGGCGAUUUGCGCGCUCAGCGCAUCCCAUGUCAGGGACGGCGCCAUGUUCGAUCCAGAUGUCGUCCCAGACAUGGUUCGCGACGAGCUCCAACAGGCCUAUCUCGACGAUGGACGCAAGGCCAUUCCAGAAGACAAUCGCGACAUUCCGAAGAAUGAGGUUUUCCAGUAUCUCCAGGUCCUCGGUACCAUGUCCUUGGCAGCCAUCCAGAUCAAGGACGACACUCUCUUCGAGCAGUAUCUCGGGCGCUACCACAACAUCGUGGCGCAAUCCCAGUUUCAAUUUGAGAAGCACUGGGGAGACAACUUGACCUCAACAGAGGUUUAUGUCCGGCGUCAGUUCUUUUGGUCCAUGUACCGCCUCGAGGUUCAUUCAGCGCUCAUUCAGGGCCAUGUCAUCCGCUGCCCGGAGCUGCAAUGCGGGGUGGGCUAUCCGGUCCACGUUGGUCUCUCUGGUGUCCUCGAUCCCACUGAGAUGCCCGUCUCUGGCAACUCAGCAAAUUCCAAAACCGAGAUCUUUUUCCCGGGCAGCUGGCUCGUCGGCUGGAAUUAUAUCACCGAUUUAUAUCGCAUUCUGGAACACGUCAUCGUCCGCAUGCGCAAGGCGCGCGUUCAGGCAGCACACACGGAUCGCAAUAACAUCGAUAGACUCUUACCGUCGAUUGACGAGAUGCUACGUGAGGUGUUGGGCCGGAAGAUGAAGCUACCGCUGUAUGCUUCUCAGGCUUUCCCGUCAUCGACAAAUCGCGAAGAGAACCUAUGCGGCUUUCAAGUCGCCAACAUUGCGUGUACGUAUCAGCUCACUCGAAUGGCUGCAUUUGCAUGCGAGAAUCAAUUUGAAGAAGCUUGUGGUGCCGCGAUUGAAUUGAUCGACGAAAUCACCAAGGUCCCGCCAGAGUAUCUGCGUGCAAUUGGACAUCCGAUGCUCCAAGAACUUGUCGGUGUCGGCCACAUUCUCAGCAGUUUCAUCGGCCGCCACCUCCACACCCAUCAAUACUUCAAACUAAGAGAUGUCAUGAGGGCCAUGGCAAUAUUCCUACAAAAUCUGGGGUCUUGUCUGCCCAACGCGCCACAAAUAUCGGGCAAAUUAUUCACGUACAUCACCAAAAUCGAUGAUGAAAUCAAUCGACAAAACCAACAGCAACUACAUGUGUCAACCGCGGUGGAAAUACCAAUACCGGCAAUAUCCAGUGGGCAGCAGAUCAUGCAGGUGUUGCCCACGACUGCUAUGGAGCAGUACCAAUUGCAAAGCAUGCCGCUCAUGAACUUCACUGCGCCGAUGGACUUCAUGAGCAACGUCUUCACAACAGCAUUUAAUGAUGCACCAGAGAUUGAUUGGCAAUAUUCUAUCAACAACCAGUGGACAACAGGAUAG